AUGCGCGUCGACGGCAUCAUCAUCCUCGACCCCAACGGGAAACCGCUCAUCACGUCCAACUUUGCAGCCCACCCGCCCGCGUACCCAGCAGUCCACAUUGACGCGUACAACCACGAGCUCGCCCGCGUGCGCGCCGAGGCAACAGCCGUAUCGUCCAGCAACGGGUCCAGCGGCGGUGCGGCCGUUGCAGAGCUGGAUCCCGUUCUCUGGGUGAAUGCCCUCGGACGCACGGGGACCGGCGCCGGCGCCGCGCUCUGCCACCUCGAGCGGGAUGGACUCCGAUAUCUCGUGCCGCUCAGCGACGAGGUGAACCCUCUGUUUGCGUUUGCAUUCUUGGAGAGCUUUCUGGACACGCUGAGAGAGUAUCUCGGCGAGGUCACCGAGGUCACUGUCAAGGACAACUUUGAGAUUGUGUACAUGCUCAUUGAAGAGAUGCUCGACGAGGGCCACCCCAUGACCAUGGAGCCCAGCAUGCUCAAGGAAAUUGUCCUGCCGCCCAGUCUCAUGCGCAAGCUGCUCAACGUCGCCGGCGUCUCUGGACUCCAGUCCCACACGACCGCCCCCUACACGGCGCCAAUACCAUGGCGCCGCUCUGCUGUCCGGCACGCCAACAACGAGAUCUACUUUGACCUCGUCGAGACUCUCGACGCCAUCGCCGAUCGCCGCGGAAACGUCAUCCAGAGCAGCGUGUGGGGACGCGUCAAUGUCAACUCGCGGCUGUCCGGGAACCCCGACCUGGUGCUCCGUUUCACCAAUGGAAAGGCUAUGGGAGACCCGGCGUUCCACCCUUGUAUCCGAUACUCGCGAUGGGAGCGCGAUGGUGCGCUGAGCUUUAUCCCGCCCGACGGAAAGUUCAAGCUCGUCGACUACUCGGCUGGCGAGGUGUCGCAGCUGCCCGUGUCGCUCAAGGCCAAGAUGACAGUGGACGACAACGGGGGCCGCUUUGCACUCACGCUCACGCCGCGCGUGACCGCUCGACCAAUCGAGGACAUUGUGGUCUCCAUCUUCCUCGGAUCCACCACCACGUCCAUCUCCGCCACGCCCGCGGGCGACCGGCGGCCGCUAGGCCUGGGCCGCGCACAGCAGCAGCAAGAAGGCGCCGUUGACGGCCAUGUGGGCGGCGGCACGGCCGAGUUUGACCCGCAUACCCAGAUCUUGCGGUGGACGAUCAGCUCGCUGGUGGCGAGCGAGAGGCCGCCGACAUUGACGGGGUCGUUUGUCUCGUCGUCCCGCCCAACUCCGGACCCAUCCUUCAACGUCGCAUUCUCCAUCUCCAACUACUCGUUCUCGGGCAUGCGCGUCGACCAGCUCAAGGUCGCCGGUGACGUGAUCGCUCCCGACUGCCGUGCAGCCCACAGACCGACCAAAGAAACCUGA